AGCUGGGAUAGAUUUCCAGCACUCCUGCGAUCCUGAGUUUGGUAUUGGCCGAGGAUCUAAUUGUUUGCCGUCUUGAAGAAAACAUACCUCCUUUAGCGAACAGCGCUUCAGUCUGUUAGCUUUUUGUCAACAAAGUCCAUCGUUCUAAAUAAGCAUUCCUUCGAGUCCCGCGCAACGCUAUCAAAGCAAUAAAUAGUGUAAGUAGACCUCCGGCUCGCUGUCCAAGUCAAAUAUGCGGGCCACUACUUAGGAUCUUUGGCACAGAAAAGCCUUGAUGAAAAGUGAGAGUCUUCCGAGAUUAGUAGCAUGUGCUGGACAUUUUUCAAUUGUGCGGGAGCAUGUGGCAAGACCUGCCGCACGUCCGGUUCUGUUAUCUCGCAAACAUUCUCGGAAUUCUGACCCUUCGGGCUGCGACCCUUCUCGGAGAUGACUGUCGUGUUUGAGAUUACGGUUUGACGUGUAUGAAAAUAUGACUUUGAUGUCCUCAGUAUGAUGUGACGAGUCAUGUUCGGAGCAACAGACGGGUAAGGCGACGCGUCGGCACGGCCCGACUUCGACAUCACGGCGCCUCUGCGAUGGCUUUAUCGCGGAUUCGGUGUGUGUGCGUGCGCGUGUGUCUGCGCAUGUCUCACACACAUGAACACACACGGAAGCCAAGAAUGAUUCAGCACUAUUCCCUGAAAUGUCAACUGAAUGGAUGCCGUCGUCUUUCCUACUGCGCUAUCUUGGAGACCGCCUGGCUAUCCGACAUACGCAGAUUCCAUGGAAAGAUUUUCCCGACUGGACGCUUAAGUCGAUGCCGAGACAUCGGCGCUAUUCUAUCGUCGAGGUUCAUGUUGAAAAUGGAUGAAAAUGCGGCGGCACAGGGUGUUCUUGCUGUGCACGGUGGGCCUGUGCGUCAUCUCCUUCCUGCACUACUACAAGGCCCUUCACUAUGUGUCCCUACUGCGCGAGCUCUCCGCGCCGUACCCCAACAUCAAGUCCUUCAUCAUGGUCACCGGAUUCUUCUGGCAGGAGAAGGGAGGCGGAAGCGGCACGCCGCUCAGCACCGCCUCCCCCGAGGAGGCGCCGCCGCUGCCGGUCCUCCGCCCGUCGGACGCCAAAGGGAGAGCGGGUGCUUCGGCGGGGGCGGUGGCAGAGGGGGACGGGGUGGCGGAGGUGAAGUUGGCGGCGACCGAUGCUGUGGGCAGUGCGGGACUGGAGAUGAGGAUUAGGGAGGUGCUGGCGCCUCCUCGCCCUUGGAAGGAACCAGACGAGAGCCGUCAGCAGCCACAGGAAGACCGCCUUCCCCCACGGGAUCCCACUCACCAACCCCCACGCCCCGCCCACCCGGCCGGACCGCCCUCGGACCCGUCCAAAUCCUUGGGCGACCUGCACACUCGCACGUACCUGCUGCGGGACGACAAGACGCCAUACUUUGCUCGAACCCGAGCCGGAGCGCUCUGCUUCCGGCAGGGCACGUCGGUGGCCGGCCCCAAGGAGAACGCCGGGAAAGCGGGCGGCGUCGGGGAGGCCGUCGGCCAACGGAAACCUCUGGAGGUCCGGCGGCAGACGUCUAUCGCGCCCAAGUCCAAGACCAGGGCGACGCGGGGCGGCAGGCGGCUCGUGAAGUGCGUGUGCCGGCCCGGGUGGCACGGACCCUACUGCGGGGUGCCCACCAUGGUGUAUCACUCCAACCUGCCCACCAAGGAGCGGCUGACUCCUCGAGAGACGCCCCGCCGCAUCAUCAACGCCAUCAACGUCAACCACGAGUUUGACCUUCUGCACGUACGCUUUCGCGAGCUGGCGCAGGCAGUGGACCUCUUCCUCGUGUGCGAGUCCAACUUCACCGCCUACGGGGAAAAAAGACCGCUUAGUUUUCUGCGUCUGCUCCUGAACGGCACGUACGACUACGUGCGCCACAAGAUCCUCUACGUGUUCCUGGACCAUUUCCCCGAGGGCGGCCGGCAGGACGGCUGGAUCGCGGACGACUACCUUCGCACGUUCCUGACGCGCAACGGCAUUUCGCGGACGCAGGGCGUCCGGCCGGACGACGUCUUCGUCAUCAAUGACGCCGACGAGAUCCCGGCCCGUGAGGGCCUCCUCUUCCUUAAACUGUUUGACGGCUGGACGGAGCCCUUCGCCAUUCACAUGCGCAAGUCUCUGUACGGCUUCUUCUGGAAGCAGCUGGGCUCCCUGGAGGUGGUGUCGGGCUGCACGACGGGCAUGCUGCGCGAGGUCUACGACGCCGACGGCAUCAAGCUGCGCCGCCGCGAGUACUACACCAUGCCGGGCUUCCGCAAGUACGAGAACGACACGGGCCACAUCCUGGUGCAGUGGUCCCUGGGCAGCCCCUUCCACUUCGCCGGCUGGCACUGCUCGUGGUGCUUCUCGCCCGAGGGCAUCCUCUUCAAGCUGGUGUCGGCCCAGAACGGCGACUUCCCGCGCUGGGGCGACUACGAGGACAAACGCGACCUGGGCUACAUCCGCCGGCUGAUCCGGACCGGCGGCUGGUUCGACGGCUCCUUGCAGGAGUACCCGCCCGUGGACCCCAAAGAGCACAUGUACGCCCCCAAGUACAUGCUAGACCACUACUCGCGAUACCGCUACCUCCUGGAGAACCCGUACGCCGGACGCCGUUGACCCGAGCGCCGGAACCGUCGUGCGGCCUGGACGCAACCACUGGAUUUACGCGAGCGCUCGCCUCCGCUGUUUUGUCGAUGUCUGCGCGUGCGGAGUCUUGAAGUCGACGUCUUCCGGUCGCGUUUGGAGACACACACCCUGCUCGAUGAGGACACACACUCAUCCCACUUUUCUGUUCAUGUGCGUGCACGUGUGUCAAAGGGCGCAAGGGUUAGCUGUGAUUCCGUUGUUCCUUUUCCUACAUGAGAAUUCGGUGUCAACUACUUUUUGUGUGUUUGACCCAUCAGUCUUGAGUAUGGGCAUGCGUGCGUGUAUGUCUGUGUGAUUUCCUUCCCUUUGUGUGUGCGCGUGCAUGCAUGCGUGUGUUUCAAGGCAGGUUUUGCAGUGAUUUGGUUCCCUUUGCGUGUGUUUGUGUGUGUGUCUGUGUGAAGUCGGCAAGAUGACUUUUUGUCUCCUUGGAAACUCAAAUGUAACAGGAAGAUGAGUGGGCGGUUUCUUUCGUGCGUGUGCGCGCUCGCGUUGUUUAUAUCAGGUCUCGGCUGAUUGCGUCGUCAUGGCUCCUCGCAUCUCCACUAGUCAUUCAAGUUCAGUCUCAUUGUACACACAAAACACACGAAAGGACUUCCUAGCAGAAAAAAAAACACAGUGAAAAGUACAAUUACACGCUGAGGGAUGCACACGAACGCACACUUAUAGAUACAGCGACAGAGCCUCCAUGGUAACAGCGGUUAGUUACCAUGGUCACGGGAGACAGAAAAGGACAGUGGUUACCGUGGCAACAGAAAAACAGGACCUUGGUUACCAUGGUGACAGAAGCCAGGCUAGUGCAGUGAUGAGUUACCGUAGCAACAAAAGUGGUUACCAUGGUGACUGGAUACAAGUCAGGGCAGAAGUUACCAUGUUGACAGAAAACAGUACCGUUGUUUGUUACCGUGGUGACAGAAGACAGGACAGGACAGGACAGGACGGCGGUGACCGUAGCGAUGAAAGACCACACUAGACAGUGGUUAGUUACCAUGACAACAGCAGACGCAGCAGGACAGUGGUUACUGUGUUGACAGACGACAAGACCGUUAUGACUUAACACGGCGACAGAAGACAGGACGGGACGGGUUGGUUAGCUACCGUGGCGAAAAAAGGCGGUGGUUAGUUACCGUAGUGAUAGAUGACAGAUCAACGGUUAGUUACCAUGAUGACAGAAGACAGUUAUUUUGACGUCAGUGUUUGGAAAGUAUGACAUUGAUCACGUAACGAUAGACUCGGUUGCCGCGGAAACGCAAACAUGGCAAUAAAUCCGACCCUCGAGGCUUCGAGCGUUCAAGCUGCAAUCAAGCUGGAACAUCUGCGCGUUAGUGUUGCACGCGCGGUGUGCCGAUGACCGCUGUGGUCUCGUGUGGCCUCCCGCCAUCGCCGCAGCAACGGUCCUUUCCGUGAAUUCCCAGCAUGCCGACGGUGUGAUGUCAUCAACUUAGCAUUUAGCUCGUGAGGAAGAAAUUCCACGGCAAUGUUGCACACGACACAAAAAGCUUUAGUCAUUUCAUUUGAAUUAGUUAUUGAAUUCCAUGAGAUAUAAAGUGGCCGACACGGCGAACGACUGGUUCACAGUUCUGGGGACCCGGGUUCAAUCCCCGGCCCCGCCUGUGUGGAGUUUGCAUGUUCUCCCCGUCGUGCCUGCGGGGGUUUUCUCCGGGCACUCCGCUUUCCUCCCACAUCCCCCCCAAAAAAACAUCCAUUCAUUGGAGACUCUAAAAUUGCCCGGAGGCGUGACUGUGAGUGCGAAUGCUUGUUUGUUUCUAUGUGGCCUGCGAUUGGCUGGCGACCGGUUCCGGGCGUACCCCGCCUCCUGCCCGAUGACGGCCGGGAUAGGCCCCGGCACGCCCCCGACCCGCGUGAGGAGAAGCCGAUCAGAAAAUGGAUGGAUGGAUGAUUACACUUCAAAAAUGUUGGUUUUCAAGCACAAAAGGGAUUUACAGUAAAUAAAAUUUUCCAAAAAUUAUGAAAGAUAUGAAAUUAUUAACUGUUGCUUUCCUAAAACCUUUUAAAUUGAAUGUAAGAAUUAAAUGAAAAAUGAUUUCCCUAAAUGAAAACUAAUUAAAAUAUUUUCUGAAAUUAACAGUUAAAACACUUUGUGAAUGUUAUAUUAUUUUGUAAUUAAAAUGAAAAUAAAUAUAAAAUGUAUUACAAAUUAAGUUACAUUAAAUCGAAAAGAAUGACGGAUUGUUUUAAUGGACAAUGAAAUUACAUUUGUUAGAUGAUCAACUGUUAAAUUUAACUGUUGCAUUAAAGUUAUGGAAUUAGGAUGCAAAUUUACUUUCAUUCAAAAAAUAUAAUUAAUAAAAUGAAAUUGCAUUUUACCAUUUUUCUGGAAUUCAAAAACGUGUUAACUUGCAUCACCUUUCAUUUAUGUAUUCAUUUAACAUACAAAAUGUUAAAUUCAAAUUAAAAAUUUGAAUUCAAUUCAAUUACAUUGACCGGCAGCACGGUGUCAAAGUCAAGGCCCGGGGGCCAGAUGCGGCCCGCCACAUCAUUUUAUGUGGCCCGCGAAAGCAAGUCAUGCUCGUCAACUUCUGUACCCAAAUUCCAAAUUGUCAUCAUAAUAAACAAUAAUGUUCAGAUAUUGUUUGAGGGAAAUCAUAACUAGAAUGCGACCCGAGACAAAAAUGAAUUUGACACCACUGGUGUAGAUAGGGCGGCACGGUGACCGACCGGUUAGAGCGGUUCUGCCUCCCAGUUCGGAGGACCGGGGUUCAAUCAUGUUUGCAUGCGCUCCCCGUGCCUGCGUGGCUUUUCUCCGGUACUCCGCUUUCCUCCCACAUCCCUAAGAAAACGCGCGUGGUAGGUUGAUUGACGACUCUAAAUUGCCCGUAGGUGUGAAUGCGAGUGCGAAUGGUGGUUUGUUCGUAUGUGCCCUGCGAUUGGCUGGCAACCGGUUCGGGGUGGACCCCGCCUCCCGCGACCCGCGUGAGGAGAAGCCGAUCAGAAAAUGGAGGGAUGGUGUAGAUAGUCAGUUAUCCAGGUCACCGUCUCUUGGACUCUUCUUGUUUGUUGAAUUUGUCGUCUUUUUUGCCUUGUUUUCUGAAAACGUUCAAAAAGGAUUUAGGCAAUUACGCUAUUGGGCCGAGAAUGUGACAUUCCCAAUAAUGAUUGAAAAUUGUUGCCAUCAUCAAAUCGACAAACACAAAAAGCCAAAGAAAAUCCUGAAAAUGCUUGUCGGUUGGAUCUCUCUUUGAGGCUUUUUUAUUGAUUUCUUUAUUUUCGGCUGCCAAACAGGAAAUCGAUCAGGCGGUUGGUGACGCUUAAAGCGCACGAGGAGGUUGCGAGAAUCGAGCGAUGCUAAUGGAGCUAAAGUGUAACGCAAGCAAGCAUCCAAAUCAAUAGAUUCCUGCUCUCCAUCACUGUGUUGGCUUUAAAGUCCGUCCGUACGCCGUUGUGUCUUUUCCACACGUGGCUUUCUUGUAGCUUCUAAUUGGCAAAAAACAAAAAAGCCUCACGUUAAGGGGUUAGUUUGUGUGUGUGCGCGUACCUGCAAUUCUCGUGUGCCAUCCAGUCCAACUUAAAAAAAAAAUCAUAUUUUCAAUGAGUUCAUGCGACGACCGCCUUAAGUUUUUUUUUAAGGUGGUGUGAUCGUCAGUUUCCGUGGCAACCAGCAGGUGGAGGCGGGAGGGGGGGGAAAUGGAGCACGGGAGGGAGGAAGUUCCACGCAAUCGUUGAUUUAUUUUUGCACUUGUUUUGAAUUUUUAUUAAAUGUUCCCUUAAAAUGGAAAACAGAGAGUGUGUGUGUGUGUGUGUGUUUCUAUUUAAAUGUUGGUGAAAAUGGCAGCUUGAUAUCUUUCUAAGAUGGCACGUGUGUGUGUGUGUGUGUGUGUGUGUGCGCACUCACACAUCUUUUACCUCCGCCAAGGCCCUAAACGUGUUGUAACCAAUCGCUGAGGCUUUCUGUGAUUGUUUUUGGUUGUUGUUGUUGUGUCAUGGAUGACAUCAUAUCCUGGGUCUCUUGCUGUGAUUGGUCGUUUCCAAGCCUGUUUGUAGCGCUUGUGUUUUGUGUUGUUUUCUAACGCAUUUUAACAGUGUGAAUGCACCUUAUUGAUUUGUGUUGUCAUUUUGUAGCACGGUUGAUUAUAAUAUUGGGUUGAUAACAGGGUUGUUUUUUUUGUUUUUUUCUCCAUGCUGUUUUCUUGUAAAAAUGUUCUGAAUGUGUCAUUUUCCCCCAUUUUCGUGUUGUUUAACCAAUUUGUGUUGAAGCCAAAGUGUGGUAGCAUUGACACAACACACACGCGCACAACACAGACAUUAGCCCCUUUCACACUACGCGUCAAAGAUCGACCCGCAAAUCUAACGGAUUAGGAGAUGGAGCGCAGCCUGGCAGAGGUGUCUUCUACCCCAAAUUUCCCAGAUUACGAGUUUGUGCAGUACCUUGUCAUAGUCCACUUCUUCCUGAGUUGGUGUUCUGUGUGUAAGGUAUUGACACGGGAUGGACAGUGGAAGUCGACCCACCGAUUUUCCGGCUCAUUGCCAAUCAAAGUCAGAUUGUUGACGUGUGAAAUGUAGCAACGCGGAACGGUCGGAGCUGUUGACACAAAUGUUCUGGAAAACUACCUGUCAAAGUUGACCUUUUCCUCACCUUUUUAUGGGUGGCUGUCUGUGUGAAAGGCGAAAAAGGCACGGAAUAAGCGGUAUAAGUCGAACUGCAAAUAGCACGCUACCUUUCAGUUGACUUUUUCCCCGAGUCGCUGUUGCGUGUGAUACGUAGUAGCAUGGAAUGGGUGGCAGAAGUCGAAGCUUCCAGGGUAGUAACAGAGUCAAAUGUGGGAUGCCGUGUCACUGUGAAAGCGCAUGCAUGCGGUUGCGUCCAAAUUCCGCCUCUGCGGGGUUCUGUGUGAAAGGCGCAGGCGGAUGAAUUCUAGAUCUUUUGUUACGGCUGUCGUGGUCACCAUGCGGGCUCUUGGUGUGAAAUGUGUGUUCAAAAUCUAUUUGGCACUGCCUACGCCUGAUAAUGGUAUGCCUUCGGACGUUCUAACAGCCGAGUCACAUCCUGUUUAGCUGGGUUCUGUGUGCAAGGCUCCGAUACGGCAAUUUGUGCAGAAACUCUGUGUGAAAGGGGCUAGUAUUCGUUUGUCGCUGUCCAACGAAAAGCUCCAAAUAUUGCCGGCUUUAUUUUGAAAGCACAUGCAAAAAGACGUGUGAAAGGUAUUUUGUUUUUUGACGGGAUUACAUCAUGUGAAGCCCUCCGUCCCUGCACUGAUUGUACAAGCUCACAUAGUUUUAUUUUUUUAUGACUUUUUAUUUUUCUUGUCUUCUUGAUUUUGGUGGAGUGUGUGCAUGUGUGCGUGUGUGUGUGUGUGGUCCAGUGGCUCUCGUUAUUCCAAGAGGAGGACCUGUUGGAGGCAGAAAGCCGGCCAAAAAAGAAAUCAAAAAAAGUCUGAGGGGGAAAGAUAUUUAAAAAAAAAAAAAAACAAAAAAAAAACAUUUUUUCGUGAUGGGAAAAAAAAUAUUGUGAAGAAGAACUCAACUCUUUUGUUCAUAUGACUGGAUGUAUGCUAACCAUCAUUGACCACAAAAGUUCUAUCACAAAGAUAUAAUAAAUUAAUUUAAAAAUUUCAA